UGUACAUUAAUCAUAAGGAAAUACAGAAAAUUUUCCAUACAUUUUGUCUUAUAUUCCUACAUGGUAUCAGAGCAGUAACAUCAUCUGCUAGCUCACAUCUUUUUAACUCUUCGAUUAUUCUGUUCUUCAUUCCUUUCAAAGAUGCCAAACUCCACUUCUGAGAGCACUGAAGGUACUCCUAAUACAAGUGUUCAACAAGACAAUGGAAUCACCAUUGGCAAUUCUCAUCCAUACUUUCUUCAUCCAUCUGAUGCACCAGGAAUGGUCCUGGUCAAUACUCCUUUUGAUGGCAAAGGUUAUCCAGGAUGGAGAAAGUCUAUUCUUAUCUCUCUUUCAGCAAAAAACAAGUUGGGUUUCAUAGAUGAAGCUUGUCCUGCUCCAACCUUGACUGAUCCGACCUUUAAACUCUGGAGUCGCUGCAAUGAUAUGGUAACAUCUUGGCUUUUAAAUUCUCUUUCUAAAGACAUUGCUUCCAGUGUUCUUUAUUCCAGAACAGCCAAAGAUCUUUGGUCAGAUCUUGAACAUAGAUUUGGCCAGCCCAAUGGGGCAAAAUUGUAUCAUCUGCAGAAAGAAUUAGCAGAUUUAAUCCAAGGAUCUACUGAUAUUGCUGGAUACUUCACCAAGAUGAAAAGGUUAUGGGAUGAGUUAGACACUCUAAACGCUAAUAUGCUUUGCACCUGUGAGUGUUCAUGUGAAGGAAAAAAAGAAGAUGAUUCAAUUCAAAGGAGAUGAGAGGCUCAUUCAUUUCCUCAUGGGACUGAAUGAUACCUAUGCACCUGCCAGAAGCAAUAUUCUUAUGAUUAAUCCAUUACCCACUGUGAACCAUGCAUAUUCUCUCUUGAUGCAGGAUGAAAAUCAGAGAGAAAAUCAUCUAUCUUCUCAGUUUCCUGGAGAUAGCUCUUCCUUCAUGGUAGGAAAAUCAGCUAUCUCAGAGAAUCAACUCAACACUCAACAGAAAAGUGAAUCUGGAUCUGGAUUCAACUAUCAACAGAAGCCUGGAAAUACUUAUUUCAAAGGAAACAUAUCUUACAAAGGAAAGAAAAGCAACCAAUUAUGCAAUUAUUGUAAGAUGACUAAUCACACUAUUGAUAAUUGUUACAGGCUAAUAGGUUUCCCAGCAGAUUUCAAGUUCACCAAAUCCAAGAAAUUUCAAGGAACUGUGAGAAGCAACUCUACAACUUCAAUGGAAGAACCAGAUGGGAAUCAAUCUAUUCUUGCUUCUUCUAAGAAUCCUAAUGUUGCUCAACAACUCUCCCUAAAUCAAUUCACUCAGCUUGUUCAUCUCUUAAAACAUAUUCAAGAAGGAAAACCUGUUGGAUCAGAAGUCAAUGUCAACUCGGCUGCUGGGCCCUUUCUUGAAGAGCCCUCAAGUUUUUGGUGAAGUCAAAGAUGGACUAUACAUUUUAGAGCCUACUGGUACUCAACCUCUUGCUACAAAUAAUAUAGUUUCAUUUCCUAAGAGAGAUAGUUCUCAUUCUGUUUCAGAUUCAGUAGUUUUGUUUCCUAAGAAAUUUAAUUCUCAUUCUGUUCUAGCUUCAGUUUCUGUCCCUAUUUAAGCUAAAUCACAAUUUGAUGUAAUGUUAUGGCAUGUAAGAUUAGGGCAUUUGCCUUUCAAUGCAAUGAAAUAUAUCAGUUCAAUUUCA